AUGGAUCGUCAGUCUGUCUACUCGACUCGCGUGUACGAGUCCAACUUUGGCGAUGCCGACGACACCCGCCUGCAGCUGCAGUCCCAGCUCGAGACGUUCAUCCUCGACUUUCGAAUCGACAACAAUUUCGUCUAUCGAGACCAGCUGAAAGAAAACGCGCUGCUCAAGAAAUUCUACUGCGAUGUUGACAUCAAGGACCUCAUCAGCUUCAACGAGGAGCUGGCACACAAACUCAUCACAGAGCCAGCCGAAAUCAUUCCCCUUUUUGAAGCAGCAUUGAAAAAAUGCACGCAUCGUGUCGUGUUCCCCCACGAGAAAACCGUCCAUCUCCCCGACCACCAGCUUCUCCUACACUCCGAUGCGGACGACGUGUCGAUUCGCAACCUCGAUUCCAUGACGAUAGCCCGGAUGGUCCGCGUUCCUGGGAUUGUCAUUGGCGCUUCAGUCAUGUCCUCCAAGGCAACCGAGCUGCAUAUUCAGUGCAGAAAUUGCAGCCAUUCCCAGGCUCUCCCUAUCCUCGGCGGUUUCACAGGCGUCACACUGCCCAGGCAAUGCGCGCGGAAACGCAUUCCCCACGAUCCCACACCACAGUGUCCGCUCGACCCAUACUUUGUCGUCCACGAAAAGUGUCGAUUUGUCGAUCAGCAGGUUAUCAAGCUCCAAGAGGCUCCAGACCAGGUCCCUGUGGGAGAGCUGCCCCGACAUGUGCUCAUCACCGCUGAUAGAUAUCUCACAAACCGAGUAGUCCCAGGCUCUCGGUGUACUGUGAUGGGCAUUUUUUCUAUUUACCAGAACAAAGCGUCCAAGAAUUCGUCAACGGGUGGCGCAGUUGCCAUUCGAACACCAUACCUGCGAGCCGUGGGCAUCCAAACCGACAUUGACCAGGCUGCCAAGGGAAACGCCACGUUCUCAGAAGAGGAAGAGCAGGAAUUUCUGGAGCUGAGCAGACGGCCGGACCUCUACAACAUCAUGGCGGACUGCAUUGCGCCGUCCAUCUACGGCAACCGAGACAUCAAAAAGGCCAUCCUCUGUCUGUUGCUCGGCGGGUCAAAGAAGAUCUUGCCCGACGGCAUGAGAUUAAGAGGCGACAUCAACGUGCUGCUUCUCGGUGACCCUGGUACCGCCAAGUCGCAACUGCUCAAGUUCGUCGAGAAAGCAGCUCCUAUCUCCAUCUACACCUCCGGAAAGGGCUCAUCAGCCGCUGGUCUGACGGCCUCUGUCCAGCGAGAUCAGUCGACGAGAGAGUUCUAUCUGGAAGGUGGUGCCAUGGUGCUCGCCGAUGGAGGUGUUGUGUGCAUUGACGAGUUUGACAAGAUGCGAGACGAGGACCGAGUGGCCAUCCACGAAGCCAUGGAACAGCAGACGAUAUCAAUUGCCAAGGCUGGUAUUACAACCAUCCUCAAUGCUCGGACAUCUGUGCUUGCGGCUGCCAACCCUAUCUUUGGACGCUACGACGAUAUGAAGACGCCCGGCGAGAACAUUGACUUCCAGACAACUAUCUUGUCUCGUUUCGACAUGAUUUUCAUCGUCAAGGAUGAGCACACACGGGAAAAGGACGAGAGGAUGGCAAAACACGUCAUGGGCAUCCAUAUGGAUGGCCGUGGUGCUGAGGACGUAGCCGAGUCCGAGAUUCCCAUUCAAAAGAUGCGGCGAUACAUUACGUACUGCAAAACUCGAUGCGCACCUCGACUCAGUCCCGAGGCCGCCGAGAAGCUGUCCUCUCACUUCGUCUCCAUCCGACGACAAGUCCACGCCGCCGAGAUUGAAGCCAACACACGAUCCUCCAUCCCCAUCACAGUCCGUCAACUCGAAGCCAUUGUCCGAAUCACUGAAUCCCUCGCCAAAUUGACCCUGUCCCCGAUUGCCACUGAAGCACACGUCGACGAGGCCAUCCGUCUCUUCCUGUGCUCAACCAUGGACGCAGUCAACCAGGGCAGCAACCAAGGCAGCCGCGAAAUGAACGAUGAGGUGAGCCGCCUCGAGGCUGAGCUCAAGCGGCGGUUGCCCAUCGGAUGGAGUACCAGCCUGGCCACACUACGGAGGGAGAUGGUGGAAGGCAAGGGAUAUUCUGAACAGGCAUUGAAUCGCGCGCUGAUGCUGCUGCAACGGAGGGAUACAAUAAUGUUUAGAAACCAGGGAGCGCAGGUUUACCGCAACGGAGCUUAA